AUGGUAGCUUGCAAUGCGUCCAUCGAGAUGGAUCUCUGCACAUUGCAGACUUGUUGCUUCGAACAAGGGUUUCUCGACUACCCUCCCAACCUUGGAGUAAGCGUGGCCUACUUGACCAUCUUUGGCAUCUUCAUGCUCGCACAACUUGGUAUCGCUAUAUACUACCGGACAUGGGCGUUCGGCUUUGCGAUGUUUGGAGGACUCAUCUUGGAGAUUAUCGGAUACACCGGUCGCAUACUUAUUCGCUCGAACCCCUUCGACAUGAACAUCUUCCUCGCCUACUUCAUUCCGCUUGGUCUUGGUCCAGCGUUUCUUACUGCUGCGAUUUACAUCACCCUCGGGCAUGUGGUCAUCGUGUUUGGCGAGCAAUACUCUCGUCUGAGGCCGAAGACAUAUUCGCUUGUCUUUGUUUGCAUUGACAUCUUUUCCUUAUGUAUCCAGGCAGUAGGCGGUGCCUUGACUGCCACCGCCGAUAAACCAGUAGCGCGUCAGAACGGCACUGAUGUCUUAAUUGCUGGUCUCGCCCUACAAGCCGUAUCGCUUGCAACCUUCAUCUUGCUCAGCGCCGACUUUCUCAGAAAAGUCAAGAAAGGCAACAAGGACGAGCGCAACCCUGAUUUCGAGAACUUCAGAUCCAAGAAGUCUUUCAAGCUGUUCCAAUUCGCUUUGCCAAUUGCAGCUCUUGUCAUCAUGAUCAGAUGCAUCUAUCGCGUAGUUGAACUCUGUCAAGGAUUCGGAGGCCAGCUCGCAAAUGAAGAGAUACCAUUCGAUAUUCUCGAGGGACCCAUGAUCAUCAUCGCCUGUAUCUGUCUUACGGUCUUCCACCCUGGAUUCGUAUUCCGCGGCGGCUAUUGGGAAGCAUCGUCUUGGGUUAUUCGAACGUCAAAGAAAGGCGGAAGACAGAUCAAGGCGUCUCCUGAGUCAGCUUUGGUGGCGGAGAAGAACCAUUCGCUGUCGCCAAUGUCGUCUGAUAGCGAGGAGCCUCUCGCGGCCAGACCGGCAUUCUCGAGCUAG